GUUGUUUCUGUGAAUUGGUCGACGGGCGAGGCAAACUGAAUUGAAAAUAAUGUGAGGUUGAGCUUUUCUAACCUAUAGGGGUGUGGCUUAUAAAUAAAGUGUUUUUAUUCAAGUUUUAAAACAAAUUUGAAAUGAAGUCGAACGUUGCUUUUAAUACUAUUUUAUUCGGUUUUGUGUGUGCUCUUUACUUAUGUCUUGCUCAGCAAAAUGACAUCUACUUUGAUAAACAAGUGAAGACUGUAAUUUGGUGUACAGUAGGAGUAGAAGAGCAAAAGAAAUGUCUAGCGUUUGCCAAUGCAACUCAUAAUGAUACCAGUCGGUUUGGUUACGAUUUCAUCAACAUUCAAUGUAAACAGGCUUUCAACAAAGAUGAAUGCAUGACGAUGCUUGAUGAGUUGAAGGCUCAUAUUACAAAUCUGGAUGCUGGUGAAGUUUUCAUUGGUGGCAGAUAUCACAGUCUGAUACCCAUCAUGCAAGAAGUGUAUCCUGGUAAUCUACUCCAUUAUUACUCUGUAGCAGUGGUUAAAAAGGGAACACUUACCGAUGUGACUAACCUGAGGCAGUUGAGAGGAAAGAAAGCAUGUUUUCCAGAGGUUGGCUCACAAGCCGGCUGGGUCAUUCCAGUGCACACUUUGAUGAGAGAUGGAGGCAUGGAAAUUGUCGACUGUAAUAAUCACGUCAAAUCCACAAUAAACUAUUUCGGACCGAGCUGUGCCGUCAACUCCCUGGUUAAUAAAUAUAAUCCUAUUGGUGACAAUAAGGACAAGCUGUGUCAACUGUGCAUUGGCAAAGUGCCCGGAGGGAAGUGCACAAGUGCUGAUCCGUAUGCUGGCUUCGAAGGCGCCUUCAAGUGUCUGGUAGAGAAGGGAGACAUUGCAUUUCUCAAGCACACAACUGUCAAAGAGAUGACUGAGUCGCAAGUUGAUUUCGUUUCGCUAACAACAGCCGAUUUCGAACUUCUGUGCAAGGACGGAUCGAAAAAGCCCGUGGAAAUGUUCAAAGAGUGUAACUGGGGAGAAGUACCCACACAUGCCAUUGUCACUAGCUCAGCCACUGAGUUUUCUCUCAAGAGGAAAUUCCAGCUUUUCAUGAGGAAAGCGAUACAACUGUACGGAUCGCCGGCACCAAACGUAACGUUUCCAACAACGACGUCCAGCUACAAUGGUUUCAACGCUUACAAUGAUUACUCCUCGUCUUCAACGACUCCACCCAGCUUCUCACCAUACACCGAGGCCAAUGUCCUGCCAUUCGUCAACACAACCGACCAUUUGUUCCAUCUGUUCGAGUCGGCUCCACGCUACGGCUACAGGCACAGUCUACUAAUUCAGGACUCGGCAAUCGAUUUGAAGGCCCUCGAUGAGACAAGGCAAACGUACGCCGGCUACCUUGGCCGGUCCCUGGACACCAUUCUGUCGGUGCGCCAGUGUCCCGUCAACCGCAUGACGCUUUGCGUCACCUCUGACGCUGAAUUCGACAAGUGCGUCAAAAUGAAAGCUGCUCUGAAAGCUCAACUUUUGGCGCCAGAGAUGUUUUGCUACAAGGGUCACAGUCAAAUACAUUGUAUGCAAGCCAUCAGAAGUGGGAAUGCUGACGUUUCGGUAUUUGAUGCUGGAGAUAUUUACACUGCUGGACUGAAGUAUGACCUUAUUCCGUUCAUAGCUGAAGUUUACAAUUUGGGAAAGCCUGAAUACUAUGUAGUCGCUGUAGCUAAGGAGGAGGACCCAACAACUGAACUGACUUAUCUGAAAGGCAAGAACACGUGUCACUCGGGCAUCAACACGGCGGCCGGGUGGAUCAUCCCUUUGGCCUACCUGAUCUCGAACGGGUGGAUGCGCUCGUACGGCUGCGACUCGAUCAAGGCGGCCGCCGAGUACUUCACCAAGUCGUGCGUUCCGGGAGCCAUCAGCACCGAGUACAACACCGGAGUGCCCUACGACAACAUGUGCCACCUCUGUCACGGCACCAGUUUCCGCUACUGUCGGCGCGACGCCUCUGAGGAUUACUACGGCUUCACUGGCGCUUUCCGAUGCUUGGUUGAGGGCGGAGGUGACGUGGCGUUUGUGAAGCACACCACCGUGAUGGAGAACACUGACGGCAAGCGGAAGGAAUGGUGGGCCAGAAACACACUCAAUGAAGACUUCGAAUUGCUCUGCCCGGAUGGCACAAGGUCGGUUAUGCAUGACUUCAAGCGUUGUAACCUGGGAAAGGCGAAAGCCAAUGCCAUCGUAACACGAGGAGGGGAGGCCUACAAUCACACUGAACUCAACGCCUACAUCAACCUCUUCAUUUAUGCUCAACAAUUCUAUGGAAGGAAAGACCAGAAUGAUUUCAGCUUCAGCAUGUUCUACUCUCCGCCGCCACACAGCGACCUGAUCUUCCAGGACGCGGCCCAACAGCUGCAGGUGAUCAAGCCAUCGGAACGCUACUACUCCACCUACCUGGGCAAGGACUUUAUGCGAGCGAAGCGUGUUGUCGACUGCCACGCCGGCGUACAAGCCACGUCGGCCUCCUCUCUGCUCACCGUGCUCGCCACUCUGCUCACCAGUGUUGUCGCCUUCCUGCUCGGACGCGGCGUUUUCUGAUUCGAUCUGUUGGUGCCGUUGCCCUGAGAUUGAACGCUUGCGAUUAGGUUGCCGUGCUCGAAAACACGCUGGUGUGAACGGGCAGAUAGACUUGUAAUUUUAGCAUAUUUGGUUGCGAUUAGGUUGCUGUGUUCGAAAACACGCUGGUGUGAACGGGCAGGUAGACUUGUAAUUUUGGCGUAUUUGUGACGAAAAUAACACUUUGUAAGACUAGGUUUUCUGAUUCGAUCUGAUGGUGCCGUUGUCCUGAGAUUGAACGCUUGCGAUUGGGUUGCGAACACGCUGGUGUAAACGGGCUGAUAAACUUGUAAUUUUGGCGUACUUGUGACGAAGAUAACACUUUGUAAGACUAGGUUUUCUGAUUCGAUCUGUUGGUGCCGUGAGUUUGAAAACUCAGGGGGCGUUCACAUUAGCCGACUUUACUUGAAUUCAAGUUCUGUGUAAAAUGAAUGUAUUUUGAAACUUGAAGACAAGUUUGCAAGAACAAAGCCUUUAAUCUAUGAGCCCUUGAUGGAGCGUUUUCAUUAGUCAAUUUCCAUAUAAAAUGAAUGUAUUUUGCAAACAAAAGACAUGUUUACAAACUUUACAAUCCACUAUACUAAUGUAGACCUUUCUUCAAGUUUUGUAGACUGUGAACAUGUUUGAAUUUUGGUUUCAACUUGAAUCUUGAAGGUACAAUCCAACCUACAAAUGGAAAAAUAGAUAAAACAGUUGUCAGUCAAUGUAGAAUGUGUAAAAACAACUGAAUAUAAACGUCAGGGUGCGUACAGACUGUCGCUUUGCUCCGCAAUCGAACGUCACUCGAGCAGAUCGAUUGAUGAUCGGAGGUGGAGCAGGAGUGGAACGCGAACAGAGCGUGUAACAGAGCUCGAGCUUGGCAAGUUCCUAGGUCGAACUAACCAAUUGUUGCGCAUGCGCGGUCAAGGUUUUUGUUGGAUCAGUUACGAUCUCUGUGUUAGCAUAUAAAAUUAAUUAUUAAAUAAUUAAAAUUA